AUGCCUACUCCAUCCUCGCCAGGUCCUCAGCCUCCGUACACAAUCGCCGCCACAUGUCCAGACCCCGAGGAACAACAGACCGCACAGCACCCUCCUACCAGCUGGCACACCCGCUCUGAUGCAUACAGUUCCACCCACGACGUCAGCAGACGUGCUGGGCGGCACUCAAGUCUCGAGCAAGACGUCGGCGCGUCCCCGAGCUCUACAACAAGCCCUCUUGGUCCUCAGUUCCUGAGUAGUGAUGGAACCACCACCGAUAUGGCAGCGACCAGUCCCUCCACUACCGACAGCCAAGGGCGCAUCGACCAACAAGCAAUGGCAGAGACCGACGACGAACGAACAGACUCUCCCUGCGACAUAACAUCGCCCGAGUCCCUCCGUCUUUCGAGGCCACGCCAUGGCGUCGGGACAGGCGCGCCGUCUGGAUCUGACCCUGACAUGCACACAUCCACCGACCUUGAUCAUGCGACGGAAGAGGACUACGCUCUGCCCAGUAUGGGAUAUGGAUUCCCCUCUAAAAGGAUAAUACCAGCCUCGCCGUCAACAUACCUGCGCGCAGGCAGCCGCUUCACAGGGACACAGCAGUCCGAGAGGCAAGUCUACGAGGUUCAGGUUGAGAUCAAGUAUGUCGACCUGCGGGAAUCGUUCCUCUGCGGCUACCUCCGUAUCCAAGGGCUGACCGAUGACCAUCCCACGCUCACGACGUACUUUGAGGGCGAGAUAAUUGGGAACAAGUAUGGCUUCAUGACAAAACACGAGAGCUGGGGAGCCAACGAUAAGACCGACCUAUCGCACUGGUCCAAAUUCCCCGCCUUCCGACCAUAUUCCAAGCAGGCACGUAGAGGCUCCGCAGUGGUAAUCAAGGACAUUGCGCAGAGCGAACAUAUCUUCAUGCGCUGGAAGGAGCACUUCCUCGUCCCUGAUCACAGGGUGCGGACGAUUAGCGGUGCGAGCUUUGAGGGGUUCUACUAUAUUUGUUUUAAUCAGGUCCAAGGGGAGAUCAAUGGCAUUUAUUUCCACAGCAAGAGCGAGAGAUUCCAGCAACUUGAAUUGAAACACGUUGAGGACAAGGGUUGCUACAGCGCAUUGGAGUUCCGCGAAGACACCGUACAUGAGCUUGAUGACAUAUGGAUGGCGAGGGCAGGUCUUGAGGGCUACACAUCAUCCGUCAGGCUGAUCAGGGCGACGUUCCCAGCCGAGGGGCCGGACGAAGGGCGCUUCGAGGGCGGCAAGGGGGUCCGUUCCUCUCCAAGCGAGGUUGUCUGCAGUGCCAUAGACGCACGCUUUUGGGUACAGCGUGGCAUUUUAUCACAAUCGACCCCGGUAUUUGGGCGGUUCAGGAUACAAACAAGAAGCAGCUUGUGA